AUGAUUGCACAUUUCAAGAAUGCAUUCUAUUUCGAUAUUACAGAUUUAAUAGAUGUUAAGUCAUUGACUUCCUGCAAUGUGGAAAUAAUGAACCCAUUCAAAAGUGUUUCUGGCGGACGCAGCAAGCGCAAGUCAAAUUCGGAAAAGGUUGAAGUCAAGCAAGAGACGGUGAUCAAAGAAGAGCCCAACGACGGUGAUGAUGUCAUGAACAUACUGCGUUCGAGAGUUCAUGGAAGAUAUCGUGCGAAUUACGAAGGACCGAUCGAUUUUGCUGAUGACUUCGAUGAGGUAAAGGAUAGAAUCAAAUGUGAAGAAGAAGAGACGGGCAGAGAAAAAGAAUGGGCACCGUGCGAACGAUUGGAUGACAGCGCCGCCGCCAACGAUGAUGACAACGAAGAGCUUGUGGGUGAUGCAAUCGAUGUGCAACAACCGAAACCAGUCGGCUGUGGAAAGAAACAGAAUGGAAGCUCCAAAAGGCAAAGCAAUCCAACGAUUCCCAGCAAUACAACGGUCGAAAAGCAAAAGAAGCACAAAUGCCAUGCGUGCAAUCAUUUGGCAAGCGACAAGCAUUCAAUGACUCACAUCGAUGGACCGCCGAUUGUUUGUUCAAAAUGUGGUCGACGAUUCACCGUUCGAGAUUAUAAGCAAGAACACGAAACGCGCUGCCAACGAAGUCUUUUCGCAUGUAAUCAGUGUCAUUACAAAACUGUCCACAAGGCUCAUUUGAAGCGGCACAUGCAAUCAAAACACGGAAUAAUGAAUCCAUUCAAAGGUGUUCCUGGUGGACGCAGAAAGCGUAAGCCAAAGUCCGAAAUGAUUGAAGUCAAGCAAGAGCCUGAUAUUAAGGAAGAGCCCAACGAUGGUGACGAUGACAUGAACAUAACACGUUCGAGAGUUCAUGGAAGAUAUCGUGCGAAUUACGAUAGGCCGAUUGACUUUGACUAUGGCUUCGAUCAGAUUAAAGAUGAAAUCAAAUGCGAAGAAGAAGAGACGGGCAGAGAUAAGGACUCGACACCAUGUGAACGAUCGAAUAAAAGCGCUGUCACCAACCAUGAUGACAACGAAGAGCCUAUGGGUUACGCAAUCAAUGUUCAAUCACCAAAACCAGUUGACAGCGGAAACAAACGCAAGGGAAGUGCGAAAAAGCAGAAAAAACGAGCCAUUCCCAGGAAUCAAGUGGCCAAAAAGCAAAAGAAGCACAAAUGCCAUGUGUGCAAUCAUUUUACCGGAAGAAAGUUUGACCUCAAAAUACACUUGCGAAUUCACACUGGAGAAAAGCCGCAUCGUUGCGAAGUCUGUUCGAAGUCCUUUGCACGAAAAGGUGCUUUGGACAGUCAUAAGAAAACGCACGGCCAAUUCCGUUGUUCAAAAUGCAAUCAAGGAUUUGAACAAGAAUCAGUCAAGUUCAAUCAUGAGUGGCUGUGUAGUCCGCAGCAAUUUGAAUGCGACAAUUGCCGAUAUAGAACGAUCAACAAAACCCAUUUGACAGAACAUAUGCGGACACACACCGGGGAAAAACCGUUCGUGUGCUCAAUUUGUUUCAAGUCAUUUGCACAGAACAUUGAUCUUCAAAGACAUUCGAUGACUCACAAAGUUGAACUGCCGAAUGCUUGUGCGAAAUGUGGUCGACGAUUUGCCACUUCAGAAGAUAAGCAAGCACACGGAACGCGUUGCCAACGAAGUCUUUUUGCAUGUAAUCAGUGUCAUUACAAAACUUUUAGCAAGCAACAUUUAGAGCAGCACAUGCAAUCAAAACAUGGCGCUAAAAGAUCGAUCGAAUGUGAAAUUUGCGGUAAACAAUGCGUUCAGCAGAUGUAUUUAAAUCAGCAUUUGUCAUCAGCACACAGUGACCAAUUCCCAUUCCAAUGCACGAAGUGCUUCGGAGGAUAUGCAACCGAAGAUUCAAAAAUUGCCCAUGAACAUGUAUGUGGCCACCGUCAGUAUCAAUGCUAUUUGUGCAAAGAGCAUCGUCGAGACAAACAACAGUUGACGAUUCACAUGCGGAAAGAUCACACCGGAGAGCGGAUUCAAUGCAAAGUGUGUGCAACAAGCUUUACCAGUAAAAGUGAUGCCAAUAAGCACAUGGAAAGAGUUCACCGCUUAAAAACGAAAUAA